CGCUGCAUCACGUGACGGUCAAGUAAUCAUCAUCGCAUAAAUAAAUAAAUUAAAAACAUUCAUCCAUUAACAUAUACUCGACUCAACGUAACCUCUUACUUUUCCUCUCUAAUAAUAUUUAUUCAAUUUUUAUUUACUAUACAUUGCAACUUAUAUCAUAAUUUUAUUUUUAAUUAUUUCUCUUCAAAACAGAUCCCUCUUUCUUCUUUCUUAUACUCUCUGUUUCAUUCGAUCCCCUCCGUCGUCCAAAUUCGCCGACAUUCUCGUAACUUACUAAUCUCUUUCUCUCAAAACCUUUUUCGCGUUUUCUCAUCACACGAUUUCAAUUUUCAACUUCUCUGUUACUCUGUUUCUCGGGAAUUCAAUUUCCUCUCAAAUUAGGGUUUAUGUUCUGUAGUUAUUUCACGGAAACAUUUUCAUCAAUGCGAAUUUGAUUAUUGAUUAUUCAUUCCUUCUUUCGAGAAUGAUUAUUAAAAAGAAUCUCAAAUCCGAAAUGCCGACUCGGAAACGGCGUAGACUCGGUAACUCGGAGGAAAACGACUCAAAGUUGACUCGGAACAAGAAGAAGACGAAAUUAAACGGAAAUUAUCCGUUGAGUCUUCUCGCCGGUGCAAUUCCCGCUAGUCUUAGCGGCUUACUCGGUGCCACCGUUGCAACCACCGUGGCAUCAUCGGAAAACGGAUUUUCUGUAUCAGACGGAAAAUCCGAUAUCAAGAAUGCGACUGUGGCAACGACCGGGACGCGUCCUCCGCUGAUAAGAACCUCGCGCGGCCGCCUUCAAGUGCUGCCGUCGCGGUUUAAUGAUUCAGUUAUUGCAAAUUGGAGGAAAGAUNNNNGGGAAAGGCGCCCUGCCCCUGCCGCUGCCGCCGCCUCCACUAGCUUUAGUGAAUUUGAAUUUGAAGAAUUCAGUUUCAAGAAUUGCAGCGGAAAAGGAAAGAGCGGGAUGGGGACAGGUCGCCGUAACCGGCCCCGCGGUUAUUCGGUUUUGUGUGAGGAGGUUUUGCAUAAGAAUUUUGGUAAGGAAUUGAGUUUGCGUGAGUUGUUUGAGGAAUCAAAGUUAAGUAAUGGAGUUUUGAAGAAAGAGGAGGUUGAAGAGGAGAAGAAAGAGGGGUAUUUUGGACCACAAGAUUUUUAUGCAGGUGAUAUAAUUUGGGCUAAGGCUAAGAAAAAGGAACCUUUUUGGCCUGCAAUUGUCAUUGAUCCUAUGAGUCAAGCACCUGAGCUGGUUUUGAGAUCAUGUAUAGCUGAUGCUGCUUGUGUCAUGUUUCUUGGCUACUCUAGGAAUCAAAACCAAAGGGAUUAUGCAUGGGUGAAGUAUGGAAUGAUUUUUCCAUUUGUAGACUAUGUUGACAGGUUCCAAGAGCAGUCUGAAUUGAGUUACUGUAAUUCCUCUCAAUUUCAAACGGCAGUUGAGGAGGCGUUUUUGGCUGAUCAGGGGUUUGUAGAGAAAUUGAUGGCAGAUAUAAAUACCGCGGCUGGUAAUAAUGAUUGCAGUAAUAAGUCUAGUCUUAAUGGCUUUCAGAAUGUCGCUGCUUCAUACCAGAAUGUGGGACGUCCUGUUCAGAAGAAGGAAUUAUUUGACAGGAAGAAAAACGCACAAUUUUGUGAAGAAUGUGGGUUGGACCUUCCUUUCAAUGUGUCAAAGAAAACAAAGGAUUUGACUCCUAGUGGUCAAUCACUAUGUAGAACAUGUGCUAAGUUAACAAAAUCAAAACAUUAUUGUGGCAUAUGUAAGAAAGUUUGGAACCAUUCGGAUAGUGGAAGCUGGGUCCGUUGUGAUGGAUGUAAAGUGUGGGUGCAUGCCGAAUGCGACAAAAUCUCCAGCAUCCUUUUCAAGAAUCUUGGAAGCACUGAUUAUUUCUGCCCUGCUUGCAAAGUGAAGUUUAACUUUGAAUUAUCCGAUUCGGAAAAACCACAUCCAAAAGUCAAAUGGAACAAAAACAAUGGGCAGAUAGUACUUCCAAACAAGGUCACUGUUCUCUGCAAUGAUGUGGAAGGCAUAUAUUUUCCAAGCCUUCACUUAGUUAUGUGCAAGUGUGGUUUUUGUGAGCCUGAAAAGCAAGCACUUAGUGAAUGGGAACGCCACACAGGUUCCAAAUUUAGAAACUGGAGAACAAGUAUUCAGGUUAAAGGAUGCAUGCUGUCCCUGGAACAAUGGAUGCUGCAGUUGGCCGAAUGUCAUGCUAAGUCUAUAAUUUCUGUCAAACCUAAAAGACCUUCCUCAAAAGAAAGAAAACAUAAAUUGCUUACCUUUCUUCAAGACAAGUAUGAACCUGUUUGUGCUAAGUGGACUACAGAACGAUGUGCUGUAUGUAGAUGGGUUGAAGAUUGGGACUACAACAAAAUUAUCAUCUGUGUCAGAUGUCAAAUAGCCGUUCAUCAAGAAUGCUACGGAGCAAGAAAUGUCCGAGACUUUACAUCAUGGGUUUGUAAAGCUUGUGAAACUCCAGACAUCACGCGAGAGUGUUGUCUUUGUCCUAUAAAAGGUGGUGCUCUAAAGCCUACUGAUGUUGAUCCAUUAUGGGUUCAUGUCACUUGUGCCUGGUUUCGACCCGAAGUAUCUUUUGCUAGUGAUGAGAAAAUGGAGCCUGCUUUGGGUAUCUUGAGUAUUCCAUCAAAUUCUUUCGUGAAGAUUUGUGUUAUUUGUAAGCAAAUCCAUGGUUCGUGCACACAAUGUUGCAAGUGUUCAACUUAUUUCCAUGCCAUGUGUGCAUCAAGGGCCGGUUAUCGCAUGGAGUUGCAUUGUUCGGAGAAAAAUGGUAAACCGACGACAAGAAUGGUUUCUUACUGUGCUUAUCACAGGGCUCCCAAUCCAGACACUGUUUUGAUUAUGCAAACCCCUCAUGGGGUCAUUUCAACUAAAAGCCUUGUCCAAACUAAGAGAAAAGUUGGGUCAAGAUUGAUUUCAUCUAAUAGAAUAAAGGUAGAAGACACUCCUCCAGCAGAUGACACUGAACAUGACCCAUUUUCUGCUGCUAGGUGCAGAAUCUUUGUUAGAACAAACCAUACAAAAAAGAGAGCGGCAGAUGAAGCUAUUCCUCACAAAGUGAAGGGUCACUCCCAUCAUCCUUUAGAUGCAAUACAGAGAUUAAAUGCAUGCAAAGUGGUAGAUGAGUCUCAGACAUUUUCAUCUUUUAGGGAACGCCUUCAUCACUUACAGAGAACCGAAAAUGAUCGGGUCUACUUCGGUAGAUCAGGCAUACAUGGAUGGGGCCUCUUUGCACGAAGAAGUAUUCAAGAAGGAGAAAUGGUCCUUGAAUAUCGUGGUGAACAAGUAAGGCGCAGCAUUGCAGAUCUAAGGGAGGCACGUUAUAAGUUAGAAAGGAAAGAUUGUUAUCUGUUCAAGAUAAGUGAAGAAGUGGUAGUUGACGCAACUGACAAAGGAAAUAUAGCACGGCUAAUUAACCAUUCUUGUAUGCCAAAUUGCUAUGCAAGGAUCAUGAGUGUGGGUGAUGACGAGAGCCGGAUAGCACUCAUUGCUAAGGCUAACGUAUCUGCUGGCGAUGAGCUAACGUAUGACUACUUAUUUGAUCCUGAUGAGCCAGAUGAAUUUAAAGUACCUUGUUUAUGUAAAGCACCAAACUGCAGGAAAUUCAUGAAUUAGGAUAUUAUUAUUAUCGGAUCAUGAUGACAACUAUUGUUUCUCCACAAGGAGCGCUAACCCGUCACAUCAUCAAUGGGAACCUCACAGUUAUACAGAAGCUGUAAUUUUAAUCAAAGCAUAAAGAAAAAGUAUAGGAAAAUAAUAGCUGUGGCAUAGUUUUUCUUUUUUCCCCCAAGCUUUUUUAGAGUUCGGCUCUUUGACAGUCAUCAAAGCCUAUUCAUUACAAUGUAUAGAUUUAGCAGCAUCUGGCUCUUGGCAUCUUUGUAAAUGUGUGACAAAUAUUACUUUAUUUUCUCGAUUUAAUGCUAAUUUAUUAUUUGCUGCUAUUGCAUGCCU